AUGGAGCGCAAUCACAUGCUUCCUGAUCGGGAGUCCGAGUCUCGUCAUGUCCUCGGACCACCACCUGCUCGACCUCAAUCAUUGAUGGCGUUUUCUCCUCCAGCUUAUUCCAAUGUCGCUUCACCGAAUGCGAUAAAGUUCCCUGAUGUUCCUACCGAUUUACCGGCCUCUUUGCCUCCUUUGGCUAGAUUCGAUGCCGACAACGAUACCAAGUUACCCCCUCUGAGUUCACUUACGAGCGAAAUGGCCAUGGAACCGACCAAGACUUGGCUUCCUUUCCAUCCUGUGCCUUAUCAACCAGUUCAUGCGCAUAGUAUUGAUAGUCCGACACGAAUGGAUCUUGAUGGAAGUAGCAACAGCGCCGUCAGCGCUGCUUCUCCUGAUGCUCUUCUUGAUGCGAGGGCUAGUAGCGUCAGCCUUGAUGAUCCAGAUGUGCGACUGGCGGCUGAGGCGCUUGGAGAUUUGAGAGCAGUCAGUCCACCGACUUCUGGACUUCAAUCGAAUCAACCACAAUCGCCGCAGCCUGAACCGCUUCUGUCUCUACUUACUACGACUCAUCCAUUGUUGGCGAGUACAAUUGAAGGCGCUACUUCGGCGUAUGGUGGCGCCAAGAACUUUUCACCGCGUUUUCGAUCUGGCGCCGAAUAUGUUGAGGGAUACCUGACACCUAUUGCGAACACUGUUGGUUCCGUUGGUCGAGUAACUGGUGUUGAAGGAGGUGUUAGAUGGUUUUUGGGCGCUGGAAGACGGCAAAACAGUUCAACGUCGGAUUUGGAAACUGGUAACAGCAAGAAGCGCCGCAAAACGGAUGAGGAUGAGGCAGUCAGCAACAAGCGAUUUGAGUCUGAAGGGAUGCAACAAAUGAGCGAUGAACAGAUGGAUACAGCGCCUUCGCCAUCUUCAAAGACCAUGUCUCGUCGCAUGUCAACUACUAGCACGAUUGACACGCUUCCUGCUUAUGAUGAGUUGAGGUCACCCGCAUAUACCGAGACUGAUUCCAAUUCACCGCGACCAUCACGACCAAACAGCGCCUGGCAGUCACGCCUGAUUACAUCUACUUCUGGUCUCAGUGUCGCCAUGAGCCAGGAGAGCCUGCGCAGUCUCAAAUACUGUCUACAGUGGCUUCGCUGGGCCAAUGAUCACAUUGCUCGUGUGAUUUCAGCCUUGAAAACUACUCUUGACGAGUACGAAAAGGUACCUGACGGACAAGCUGGCGGACAGGCUGAUCCUGAAUCUCGCUCUCAACUUGCUGCUCGCAUCUCAAACCUCAAGGGCGAUGUCCUCAGAACCCUGCGAGAAGCCAUCAACACUGUGUCGAAAUACGCAGGGGGCGCAUUGCCCGAAAACGCACGAAUCCUUGUGCGACGUCAUCUCACUAGUCUACCCCAACGAUUCCGUGUCGCCACCAUGACCGACAGGAAUGCCGGGCAACAAGACAACGAGACUGUUCUCACUGAAGGUGCACACAAAGUUUUGGUCUUGGCCAAAGAAGGUCUGGACAUGGUUGUCCAAGUAAGUGGUGUCGUAGAUGGAACAAUUGUCAGCGCUGAGCAAUGGCUCGACCGUAUGGGCAAGCGAAGAGCCCAAGAAGAUGAGAAGCCAAUGCUUCCUCAAACCGAGAGCUUACUCCAAGACCCCGACAUUCAGUUUGAUACACUGGAUCUCGUGUGUCCGAUCAACAGCGACGAUAUCAAGAACCGAUGGCUCAACUCGUACGUUCCUCUGCCUGGACAAUCGCCCAAGAACUACAGUCAAAGUGUCAUAAACUUUGUCUAUCGAAUGCUCAAAUCGUAUGCCUCGACAGUAAUUCGGGGUCGUCUGCCACCAUUCAUCCAUCCUAUGCAGCAGUCACUGGUGCCACUCUCGACCUGCUUUACUCUGGUCCGAAUAUGCGAUCCUCUGCCUAGCAACGUGAGUAUCGCCGCAGAUAUCCUCCAGCGAGAAAUGACUAGACUUUAUGAAGAGCGAGGAACGUAUGAAGGCAUCAAUCUUCUUGGACUGUUUCAAGCGUACCUCAUCUAUUCCAUGGUUCUGUUCUUUCACUUGGGCCCUUCGAUGCCGUUUCUUCGUCAGGCAAUGAUCAAUCUACAGGAAAUCGCUUGCACAACCUCUCGUGAAGGGCUUGUAUGUACGGCAGAACAACGAGGCGCAGUCCCAAAAUGGGAAUCAUGGAUCAUGGCAGAGGCAAAGAGAAGAACACUAUACACCAUGUACUUUCUGGACAAUGUGUUGUCAGCUCAUGAUGGUAUCACCACAUAUCUGGGGACUGAGUUGAGGGGACUCUAUUCGCCAGCCAGUAAAUAUAUGUGGCAGGCUGAUCGGAAUGGAUGGGAACAGAGCUGCAACUCUCAUCUGGCUGAAUGGGGAAUACGAAUCUAUGUCAAGGGAACGAUUAGCCGGAACUUUGGGUUGGAAGAUUCGACCAUUUUGCUACUGAUGGCACGAGUUUUUGCUGUUGAACCACGAGUUGCAAAAGGAAUCAAGAUCUUGAUAUGGGCUUUACUGGUGGCAUACAUUCCGAUUCAAAUACUCCGAAUUGUCAACUGUUAUCCCAUUCGGACAUAUUGGGACCCAGAUGUCAGAAACGCACGAUGUCUCAACCAACGAAAGAUCUUCUUUUCAGAUCUAUCGCUAUCUAUUGUCACAGAUUUGGUCAUUCUGUUGAUCCCGAUACCGUUGACUUGGAAACUCCGAAUGUCGAUAGGGAAAAGGAUCAAGAUUGUGUUGCUUUUGGGAGCGGGUGGAAUCGCUACAGCCUUGACACUCUUCCGUGUUGCCAAAGCGGUGGACUUUUUGAACUCGGAUGAUAUUACUGUUGAUUAUACGCCAAUUGGCAUUCUAACGGCUCUCGAGAUUACUAUCGGUUUUGUCUGCGCCUGUCUUCCAUCGCUGAACCUCCUGAUCGAGCAUCAUGUUCGUAAACGUAGACGAGCACGAAACCCGAAUUGGCCGCGCGAUCGAACACGGACAUCCCUGUUCAAGAAGCGCUUCCGAUGGAUUAGCUCGUCUACAGAACACAUGCCCUCUCGACCGAAUCGGCCUUCAGAUGGAAUGAUUGACCUGGACGUGGAAAUGGCCAUGUUGACAGGGCAGCCUGUACGAUUACGAACGGGACGAACAGCCAGUGCAGGAUCUCAUGAUAUCCGACCACUCGACCAUCGACUUAAUUCUGGCGACGGACGAAGAGAGGGAUGGCUAUCUCAAGAUCGGGAUGAACAAGACGAGGUACAGGACAGCAAAUUCAUCAUGCGAAUGGUGGAGGAAUCAAGAGCACGAGCAGACGAAGGGGCCAAAGAAUCAUGGUGUCCAGUCUGGGAUGGACCGAGGGAUCCCAUGGCAAGUCAAGGGAGUUGGAAGUUUAGCGUGCGGUCGCAUUAG